GACUUUCACUUUCUCCUCCAUUUCCUUCUUCUUCUUGUUGUUCAUGCUUUCACUUCACUUCAAAACCUUCUGUCCUUCUCCGUUCAAAAACAUACAGACCCACUUUUCUUUCCUUCCCAUAUCUCCCUCUCCUUCUCUUUCUCUCCUGCCCUCAUUUUGAAAUGAAAACCCACCUCUAAUGGCUUUUCAAGACCACCACCAUACACCACAAGAAAUGACUUUUCAACUACCACAACACCACCACCUCUCAGCCUCACCUUCCACCGGUCCCACAUGGCUAAGCAACGCAGUCCUCCGUAGACACGACGACGUUUUAACCCAAACCCGCAUCGAAAAACCAGAAAACAACACCAAUAAUGGAAGUGAAGAGGAAUUGAUAGAUUCCGUUAGUGAUAAUUGGGAGAGAGCUAAAUGCAAAGCUGAGAUAUUAGGGCAUCCCUUAUAUGAACAGUUAUUGGCUGCUCACGUGGCUUGUUUAAGGAUUGCCACGCCAGUUGACCAGUUGGCUAGGAUUGAUACACAGUUGGCUCAGUCUCAAGAUGUUGUGGCUAAGUAUUCUGGUGUUGGUAGGAGCCAUGUUGUUGAUGAGAAAGAACUUGAUCAGUUCAUGACACAUUACGUUAUAUUGCUCUGUUCCUUCAAAGACCAAUUGCAACAACAUGUCCGUGUUCAUGCUAUGGAGGCUGUAAUGGCAUGCUGGGAACUUGAACAGUCUCUACAAAGUUUGACAGGUGUAUCUCCAGGGGAAGGCACUGGUGCAACUAUGUCUGAUGAUGAUGACGACCAAGCAGAUAGUGAUGCCAACUUGUAUGAUGGAAAUCUUGAUGGGUUGGAUACCAUGGGAUUUGGUCCUCUAGUUCCCACCGAGACUGAGAGGUCCUUGAUGGAGCGUGUAAGGCAAGAAUUGAAGCAUGAGCUCAAACAGGAUUACAAGGAGAAGAUUGUGGAUAUUAGAGAGGAAAUUCUACGUAAGAGAAGAGCUGGAAAACUGCCAGGUGAUACUACGUCCCUCUUAAAAGCUUGGUGGCAAACACAUUCCAAGUGGCCAUACCCAACUGAGGAAGACAAAGCAAGAUUGGUGCAGGAAACAGGUUUGCAAUUAAAGCAGAUAAAUAAUUGGUUCAUAAACCAAAGGAAAAGGAACUGGCACAGCAGUCCUUCAGGUUCUACUUCGAAGAGCAAACGAAAGAAGUGAUACCAGCAUUAAACAUAUCGUAUAAAUGGAAAGCUAUUAUUUCCUUGUGUACGUACCUGGGGAAGAGCAUCAGAGCACAUUUUGGAGGCAUUGCAAUGAGCAAGAAUUCUGUAAGGGUAGUAGGGAUGUUCUGUUUGGACAUCCCUGUGUUGCUCAUACUGGAAAGCUCAGCUUAAUUUGAAAGUGGCUGCAAUAUAUUCUAUAUGUAAAGAUGGUCUAAACUCAUUCACCUAUCAAUUCCAGUUGAGAAGUGUGCUUUGAAGGCAUACAUACUGAUACAAUAGAUGUCCCUAGCUUAUAAGCAUAUAAGAUUGAAAGUAUUGGUUUGGAUA